UGGGAUUUUGGGAAAUGCUGGAAGUAUUUUUGUUCACCGUGGUAACUGGAGGCUGCCUCAGGCAGUCAUCUUCUGGGAGCCAUGAAAUCUAGGUGGAGGCCACAAAGGGCCCAAGGCAAACAGAGGGAGCAAUGGUUGGUCCUGACGGUGGCUGAGCCCCCAGCCCCUGGAAUAUGCAGCCCGGAGGAGCCCCAGGCAAGGACACGGUGGCGGAGUGGGGCGGGAGGCAUGGUCUCCACCUACCGGGUGGCCGUGCUGGGGGCGCGAGGUGUGGGCAAGAGUGCCAUCGUGCGCCAGUUCUUGUACAACGAGUUCAGCGAGGUCUGUGUGCCCACCACCACCCGCCGCCUCUACCUGCCAGCUGUGGUCAUGAACGGCCAUGUGCACGACCUCCAGAUCCUGGACUUUCCACCCAUCAGCGCCUUCCCCGUCAACACACUACAGCUUCGAGUAUGUCAAGACCAUCCGUCAGCAAAUCUUGGAGACGAGGGUGAUCGGCACGUCAGAGACACCCAUCAUCAUCGUGGGCAACAAGCGGGACCUGCAGCGGGGACGCGUGAUCCCGCGCUGGAACGUGUCGCACUUGGUGCGCAAAACCUGGAAGUGCGGCUACGUGGAGUGCUCGGCCAAGUACAACUGGCACAUCCUGCUGCUCUUCAGCGAGCUGCUCAAGAGUGUCGGCUGCGCCCGCUGCAAACACGUGCACGCGGCCCUGCGCUUCCAAGGCGCGCUGCGCCGCAAUCGCUGCGCCAUCAUGUGACGCCCGGUGCGCUCCGCAGAAGCGCUGUCCCCGCGGAGGGAGGGCCGGGCGGGCCAGCGACUUCCUGUGGGACAUCUGGGCGGAGCGGGGAGUCCCCCACCACCACCCGGGAGGAGAACUUUGGGCAUCCAGCCCGAAGCGCCCCCACAGCCACGCACCCCCGGCGAGAGACAGAGGGCUAGAGGGAGCCUCCCCAUCACUCCCCAGCCCCAUUCCUGCCGCCUGGGUCUUCCGGGGACGGCCAACUUCAGUGCUGUAGUGUAGUACCAGGCCCGGCCUCCAGGGGCACCACAGCCUUUGAGCAAAGGGGUGAGCAUGGAAAAUGCAGGGUGGGGUGAGGAGGUGCUCCCUUGGCCGGGCCCCCCGCCCGUCUUCCCCAGAGUGCGUCUGUCUUCCCCAUGUCUCCUUUCCCAAUGUCUGUCUGCCCGAGUGUCUGUCAGUCCUUAUUUGUCCCAUCCACCCUUCGGCCUCCCUCUCCACCCCCCAGCUCCACUCACAGGGCUCUCAUUUUGUCCAUCCCCCUGUCGCAGAUCCUGGCAGCUUUGUGAUGCCAGGCCUUCUGACCGUCAGCGCCACCGGCACAGGGCAGAGAGAUGCAAGUGGCCCAAGGACCGAAAUCAAGCGGUCUAAGGGCCAAGGUCCCAGAUCUCUUGGGGAUAGAAGGCUGAGUUCUCCCGUGUCCAGAGAGACCUCCCUGCCCAGAAGCCCCCAGAGACGCAACCACCUACCUUCCAGCCUUAACUCAAUGGUCCGUCCCUGCCGGGUGCCCCUCACCCCUCCUGACCCCAAAGCCAGAUCACCCACAGGCCUAAUUUUUGUUUGUUUUAUUUUGAAACAUGGAGAGGAAACUUCCCAAAGGGCAGUUUUCUUUCUAUGAUGCUAGGUUCCACUUCUCUAUUACCUCCUGCACUGGGGUGGUCUACCAGGUUGGGGGAUGUUGAGUUGUGGGGGGACUGGUAGUGGUGGCAGGGUGGUGCCUAGGUUGGGGUCAGAUGUGCCAGUGAUGAUUCUGUGUCCCAGUCCCCCCUCAGUUUGACUUCCCCAGACUCUGCCUCCAUCAAAUCUCAGGUUGGCCUUGAUCAAUCUGUGCAGAAGUAGAGCCAGGAAAAGAAUGAAAGGGACUCUUAUGCCCAGAGGAAGUAGGUAUGCAUCCCCACACAUAGGUGGAGGCCCUCAGGAUCUGACCCCUUGUCCCAACACCAGGUUGGCUUUAUGCCCUAACUCACCCCAUCCCGUUUUCUCCGGCUGCCUGGCCGGGUUUCUACCUCUCGUCACCGGAGCUGAUCACUGUCAGUUUUGUACCGAUUUAGAAAUAAUAAUAAUGGAGAUUCCAGGAACGGCCUGGGGGAUUUCUGGGGGACUUGGAGAAAGGGAAAAGUGGUACCAUGUCCCCAGCCCUGGCCGAAGAAAGUCCUUGAGACUGAACCCUAGUUCGGUUGGGAGGAUUUCAAGGACGCACAGAGGGGCACAUGGAACAACCCAGCCUUCAUCAAGGCUGCAGUGUGUAGAUCAGGAAAUCAGGUACCCAGGGAGGUGAUGGAGAGGAAUCUGGGGGCACGGUUGGGGUGGGGAAUUUAUCAUCGGGUUCUAAUGUGGGAGGGAACCUAUAAUUCUUUUGCUUCACCCACUGAUUCCUGUUCCCUCCACUCACCAGGGGCAGCACAGUAGAACAACAACAGCCCUGACCUGGGGCAGCCCAGCAUUGCUGGGUUCUAGUCCCUGCUGUGCUAUACAACUUUUGGCAAGUAACUUGCUCUCUCUGAGCCUCCCUCUGAAAUAGAGGUGGUGGCUCCCCUUCACACUUCAGAGUGGCUGGAAGGGUAAGGAAGAGGGCUACCCACUUUUGUCUCCUGCAUCCCUACCCCUGGUUUCCAGGGGGGUGUAGUAAAGGAUGGCAGGAUCUCAUGUGCCCGAUCACCCCCAGUUCUGAGGCACUCGAGGUGAGGGUGGGAGAUCCAGACCUCUGGCUGUCCCCUUUGGGAGCCAUUGGAAUGUAGCCUCCCUCUUCCCUUCCUCUUCACCCCAGGUUUUGGAUUUCAGGUCCCUCACUCCACCCCCAUUCUGAGUCUCUGUCCUUCCCCUCCCCCACCAGGGUUUCCCACCACAGGGUCUGGAAGUGUGUGUGACGCCCAUUGAGCUGUUAUUGGAAGUCAGAUUAAAAAUCAGGGAGUGUUUUCCCCGUUUCUCUA